AGCGAUACGGAACAGUCGGGCUUGACCUGUGCCCGGGAAGGUUCAUUAUGGAUAUUAAUUUUACAGAAAACAUAACUGAUACCCGUCGAUAGUACUGGGUGUAAUUGUUUAUUAUACCCGUGGGUUUGUCUAUACACACGUGUGGUAGACAUGUAGACACUCCAGCCGACUACUGUGUUAUGAUGAGAGGGGUUUUCUCAAGAAAGUUACGUUUCAUUAGUUCAAAACAAAACCAAGGAGAGAAACAGAUAUGAUUUACGUUUGAGGAGCACACAUAUCAUAUUUACGGAAAACUUGUAAUCGUUGAUAUAUCCUGGGAUCGUUUCUUUAUUUCUUCGAAACAUUGAUAAACCCGGAACUAUCCUUUGGCUCGUGCGUCAUGCUUAGCAUUUCAACGUUAUAGAUACGGCGAAUCGGACUCCCAAGUGAAGAAGAGAUCUUAAACAACAUACCGGAAGCGGAAUCUGUUAAAUUAUCGUGAACUGUUUAAAUAUGGCCCACGACGUAGACAGCACCGGAAGUCGGCUUCUGAACGCAAUACUUAUGGGAAAAGCGAGGCAGAUAAGUUCUCUUCUCGACAAAAACGUCGACGUCGACGCAAGAGACGACGAAGGGAAAACUCCAUUGAUAUACGCCGUCUGUUGCGACAUUGAUGACGUCAGAACGCACGUUGUCCGUCUGUUGUUACGUAGUAACUGUUACAUUAACGCACAGGACAGCAGUGGUUGUACGGCACUCAUGUACGCAUGUAUGGAGGCAGAUCGUGUGGAUGUCGUUAGACUAAUCGCCAGAAACAAAUUGUGUAACCCCAAUCUUCAGGACCUGGAGGGCUAUACCGCGGCAAUGCACGCGGUGGCUGCAUCAAAUUCCCAAGGUCUCAAAACCUUGAUAAGUUCCUCUGCGACGAAAACCGUAGUAGAUUUGAAUAUAAAAAAUAAAAAUGGAAUAACCGCUCUCGAACUUGCAGUCAAACUGCAGCUGUUUGACUGUUGUAAAGUUCUGACAACAGAUGGUGUCGGGGGACGCAAUUCAAACAAUAUUCGGGAUAGAAAGGGUCUGAAUUUAAUAUUGGGACGCGAAGCAUCUGUGAUGUCACAAAAAGGUAAUUUAUUGCUUAAUCCAACCCUUCAGGUUCCUGGACUUUCGCCACGUGACGGGUAUGCUUCCCGAAAUGCAACGCCCGUCCCGAACUGGUCACGACAGAACUCAUCUUACGACCAUAAUGGAAUAGAACAUUGGCAGGGGUUUAAACAUGACAGAGUCCAUUCCUCCAGCGACAGUCCCUGGGUGGACAGUCCUAGAAGGAUUAAGCGAACUUUGACCCCAAUAUCACGAGAGGAAAAACUUGCUGUUGCUUAUCAACCAGAAUCUCCAAUGUUUGGAAACAAGAUGAGGCUACCCAGCAUUCCAAGCGGAAAGAGAUUGUGUCUAGUUUCAAAUCAAAACAGUUUUGACAUCGGUGGUAAUGGGGAGACUCUUUGAUGUUACAAAAACUUCCUUUUCUAUUAUGUCAGCAUUCCAAAGGAAUUGUCAUUGUCUCAUUGAAUGGUUUAAAAACCUCCAAAUCAACGCUUCCAGCUUCAGUACCAUAUUAUCUCUUAACAGUUUGUGUUUGUACUCAAUUUGAGUCUCUACUACAGCUUCAGUUCACGGUGUACCAGUUGGAUGUACAACAUACAUGCAUUAAUACUAUGUCAUCUAUUCACUAAAUUACUCACCGUGAAAGUUGUCCGAAUGUUUUCAAUAUAAAUUUCCGAACGUUAUCGCCGCGUGUGAGGAUACCGAGAACUCGAAGACAAGGUUUUCCGACUGCUGGAUCUAUGACAUGGAUGUACCUAUAUUCUAAUAUUUUAACACAUUAAGAUCAUCAUAACUCAGUUUCUGUAAACAACUGUUUACGUAUGACAUGAUAAACAAAGCACGUGCAAUGUGUAUAUAUAGGUGAGACAAUAUGUAAGCACAUGUAAUACACAUUACGUACUGUAUUGUAUUACGUAUAACACCACGUGUACUGUAACACCACGUGUACUGUAGAGAAGUGUAAAGUUGUAUUUAUAUGAGGGUACAGUGCAUAUUAAUCAAAUAAUACCGAAAUAAAAUUCGUCUUUUGAUUAAAAAAUUAUGUUAUUUUAG